UUGCCUUGGGCAGACGAGAUCCCGGAAUAAAGUCGGGACGCGGCUAAAUUUUAACUAUAGCCAAAUGCUAUAAAAUUGUGUGUUAGCUCUAAAAAAAAGUCAUUAGAAAAACGCGAGUAUUCAAGUGAACUUUUAGAUCUACUUUGAUUUAAUUCUUGUAGCAAACUCCCCCGGAAAAGUAGUGCAAGUGAAAAGAGUAAUUGAAAGCUUUAGACAAACUUGGGAUUUUUACACAGUAGAUGCUGAAGGUCGAUUCAGAAAGCAUGAAUGCAGUGGAGACGUCUUUGAAGCCUGAAAAUGACGUCAGCGACGAUAACGACGUUGAAAACAAUGCGGAACAUCAAGAUGUCGAUGAUCCUGAUGAUGAUGAUGAGCCUCAAUAUGUAGAAGAAAAGGAUGUUAAGGAAGAAGUGGAUGUUAAAAUAGAACCUAAAGAUAAGGUGGUUGAUGAAGAUGGAGAUACUCUGGAAGAGACAUAUGAAAUCACCACUACUCGGCGUAAAACCACAACAACGAGGUACAAGAUCCAAGAAACUUCGGCGUCACAUAAAACAACAACAAUGACAACAGCAGCAAAGCUGUAUGGCAAAGAUCUCAGUGAAUAUGAUGACGUUGAUGUGGAUGAACUUUUGUCACAACUGACAGAUGAGGAAAUUAAUAUUUUAGCAAAGGAGGUUGACCCUGAUGAUAGUUUUAUGCCACCAUCGCAAAGAUGCAGUUAUGAGUGCAAUAAGAGUCCAACGGGGCCAUUGAACCGUAAGAAGCUGAUUGAACACAUUAAUAAACAAGCUCUUGAAACUCCAGAUAUUCCUGAACUGAAACCUUACGUACCUGGAGUAAUUAGAGGCAAAAAAUGGGUUCCACCUCCUCAAGACAACAUCAAAGAAAAAGAAGCAGAAGAACAAAUUUCUAUAGAUUUAGGCGAAGAAUAUGAACAAGCUUUAUCUACGGCCACUCAAGAUGAAAUUAUUGACUUGGCAGCUAUUCUUGGAUUCCACUCGAUGAUGAAUCAAGAUCAGUAUCAUGCAUCACUCUUAAACUCUGGUCAGCCUGUUGGUCUCGGUUGGGAUGGAAUCACCAAAGCAAGUCAACCUAAGGCUUAUCCUAUGGAACCACCUAAUGAUACAGAUGUUGAUGCCUCUAUCAAACAAGUUCGUGAGGAUGAUCAUACACUUAUUGACCUCAACCUAAAUAACAUCAAAAAUAUAUCUGAUGAACAAUUCAACAAAUUAUUUGAAGCCCUAGAGCAAAAUACACAUUUGGAAUCGUUGAGUUUAACUAAUGUAGGUUUAACUGAUAAAACAGCGCAGAGGUUGGCUGAAGCAAUGGAGAAAAAUUCAACACUGCGUAUUUUAAAUGUUGAAACAAACUUUAUCAGUCCCCCUGUAAUGGUGAGACUUAUCAGAGCUCUAUUAAAGACAAAAUCAAUUGAAGAAUUCCGAUGCUCGAAUCAGAGAUCACAAGUUUUGGGUAACAAGAUUGAAAUGGAAAUAACACAAUUGGUGGAACAAAAUCCUACUCUUCUACGAUUAGGUCUUCAUCUCGAGUUUAAUGACGCAAGACAUCGUGUUGCAGCACACCUGCAGCGUAAUAUCGAUAGGAUACGGCAAUCUCGUCUCGGGGUCGCGACAUCUUCAUCUGACGUCCGCAUGUCUAGAUCAGCUAAUGAAGAAGAUUCUACGCAACAAAAUAAUUGGUCUGAACACAAUCAAGACACGGUAAAAGCAUCGGAUAAUGAAGAAGAUGGCCGAUAAAUAAAAACACAAGAACAAUUAAACAUUUUUCAUACGAAUUCGACUAUUAUUUAUUCACUCAGCUUUUUAUGCAAACAAAUACAAAGCAUAUAUUAUUAGUCAGUUAAAUUAAGCAUUAAAAAACAAUGAAAAAACUUUUCUUUAUUUUCUUCGAUUAUGAGAAAAAAAAAUUUUUUUUGUUAAUUAUGGACAUCUCUAUCAAAAUUAAAUUUUUAAUUCUUAAAAUUAUUUUUGGUAAUAAGCAUGUCUUUUAUAUCAUACGAUUUAUUUUAUAACACUAAAAAAAAAAAUUUUAUAAAAUUCAUUUUAAUUGUAAAAAAAAAAAAAAAAUAAUAAUAAUUGAAGAAAAUGAUAAUGAAAAUUUUUUCAAAAACAACCUCGAGACGUGACAGCUUUGUCUAAAAUUCUAAUUAAAAUAAUAAUGAUAAUAUAAUAUAUUUAACCUUUAAUAUUAUAAUUACCAUUAUUAAUGAAUAAUUGUUAUUAUUACCAUUCGAUUAAUGAGUAUAUUGAUUAUUUUAGCACCGCUAUACAAGUAAAUCUGUACAUAUUGUCUUUAAUUUUGGCUUCAAAGCCAACUUUAUUCAUGUGUAAAGACAUUGAGACAUUUAAAAGUCUGUGUCUUUUUAUUUUGUUUUUAAUUAAAUAAUGCACGAGUGGAAGUACGAUCCUGUAAUUGUAUGAGUGUCAUUAUGGCGAGAAUAAUUGGGCUAAAAGAAGAUAGAAGCAUUAUUACUCUAUAUGUGAUUCAGAAAUUGUUUAAAUUUUAAUGGCAUUAAUUUAGUGCCUCAAUAUAAAAAAUUGUAUAAUCCUUUUUAAUAUAAAAAAAACUCCAUUUUUAUUGUGUAACUUUUCUUCGUUUUUUCGUUAAUGUAUACUUUUUACUAUUUUUUCCGAAGUGAAAAAAUAAUAAAAUUUAGAAUGGUAGAUAAUGGUAGAAAUGAAUAAAUGAGUCAAGUAUGCGUAUGAUGAAAAAUCAAUUGCGCUUCAAUUGUAAGUGAGAAUGAGAGGGAGAGAAUGGCAAGUAGGAGGUGAGAGAAAAAAUACAAAAACGGAUUUGUCUGUAUGUGAGAGAAAGGAAUAAUAUAAAAAAUAAAGAAUGAGUGAGUGAAUAAAAAGUGAAAAAGAAUGAGAGAAAAAGAGAGAGAGAGAGAGAAAGGAUGAAAAAUACGAUAAAGGAAAAGAGAGGAAGCAAGAAAAAGUUUAAAGAUUUAUUUAAUCCGUUCCGCUCACUAGCCGCAUUGAUGUGAUUCAAUUUACAUUACGUAUGCUGAUAUAACUGUAACUGUAUUCAUAGAAAGAAAUAUGAUUAUACAAGAAAAUUUGAUAAUACGAUGAUCAUAUAAUGAUGUGGAAGAGAAAGGAGAAUAUAAAAAAUACAAGAAAAUAUAUGAUAAUGCACGCGCACGAUAAAAGCCUUGCUGCUAGCCUUAUAAUUGUAACAUGAGAUUUGAAUAAAAGGAUAAAAAUGAA